AUUCAGCAAUAAACCAGUGAGAAAAACAACAACAAAUGGCAGCCUUAGUGACGGGCCUCAUCCCCAUCCUCCGGACGGCGGUGGACACCACCACCACCUACAAGUGUCGCUCGCUGUGGUUCGGCUUCCUGUGCGUCCGCCUGGUGGUGCUCUUCGUGGCCGAGCUGCCCUGGUUCAAGCUGGACUCGGACUUCAGCUGCAACGCCACCAAGGACAGCAUCUGCGUCCGAGCCUGCUACAACCAUCACUUCGACAAGCCGGCGAUGGUGGCCUGGAACUUCCUCUUCAUCCUCCUCAUCCUCUCGGUGCUUCUCAUGGAGCUCUUCGCCUCCCACCUCCGCGCCGUGGCCCAGAAGAGGGCCUCCAAGAGUGGCGAGGGGGAAGGGAACGCAGAGCUGGCUGGCUCUGCGGACACCAGGAUGGUGAUUGACCUCCACAAGAACAAGAGUACAGUGGGGUUCUACUUGUUUAGCAUCGUCCUGCGUAUCGCUGUGGAAAUGUGGUUCGUCUAUGUGCUUCUGGUUUGGAACCUCCCUAGAUUGGACGACGGUCCGUUUCAGUGUAAGAUGAACGUCUGUGGAGACUUGGUCGCCUGUGUCGUGCGAGCCGCUCCGGAGAAACGGAUGUCUAUUUACACUCUGGCGUCCAUUUCGGUCCUAGUCAUUGUUGCGUCAGUUUUAUUCUGUUUGUACUCAAUUGCACACUAUCUCUGCAACUCAGGCUGACAGGGGACAAUACAUUCUUUUUCUAUUGAUUGUGUUCUGUGUACCUACGUAAACGAUGGCUGGGUAAACCCACUGUUAGGGACUGCAUAUUAGCAGACCAGUCAUCAAUAAUCUGAGAAAAAUGUAUUUCCUUUUUCUAUUUCUGUCUGGUUGUCUCGAUGUGCGACAAUGCGUCUUUCAAUGCGACUGUUGAAUACAAAUAACUCAAAUUUGUCAUAAAGUCAC